AUGUAUCACCAUUAUACACACUUAAAUGAUGAAGAAUUUCGAGACUUGGCGCCUCGGCUCUAUCGGCCUGAGAAUAAAAGCGGAACAUUAAUUAAAAAUGCGUCAAAAGUUGAAGCAAAAGCAAAAGCACUUAUAUGCAAUAUUAUUGUAUUAAAGGACUUACCACUUGAAAGCCUCACAACAUCACACUUACAUACUUUGCCAAUAGUUAGCAGUCUGUUUCUGAUAAUGAAAAUAAUUAAACAAACACGACUGCGAACUGACUUCAACAUUAUUAUGUUGAAUAAUGUGAUGUUGAUCAGAGAUGGGAAUCUUUGUUUGAGUUCGCAAAAAUAA